AUGAUUGAAAACAUGGGUCCUGUCUCAGAGAUCCCUCAACGUUGCUCUCUUCCCGGUGUUCGGUCCCUGUCUUCGAGUACUUCUGCGGCUGCAGAGAUGACAGAAGACCGCCGGCUACCGCCCCUCCCACGCGUGGAUCCCCUGCCUCGAGGGCCCUUCAACCCUUUUGACUCCUCAACUGCACUGGCCCCUAGUCCCCAGGGCUCCCAAGACACAUUUGUGGUCAAAUCGUCGCCAUGGCCCGCUGCCGAACACAUCGUGACUCCUCCGUCGCCCGCCAACUCUGCUGAUAGCACGUGGCCCGAGUCGCAGCAGCCGCAGAAGGCCUUUGAAUGGCCUCAGGAACUCACCGCAUCCGACCUGAUGAGCCUGAUCGCGCCGAAGGAGAUUAGUCGGAAGCCUCCAUUGCAGCAGCUGUGCGGUCGCAAGCGAAAGGGAAGCAUGAUCUCGGGCGAAUCCGACGACCAGAGGGAGAAGCACCGCAUUGCAGAGGGUAACCGACGAAAGAACCUGAGCCACCUGCACCGGGAGUUGGAUAGCCGCAUUCAUAGCUGGUUCCUUGAGCGUGCCGGAUGGAACCCGGCCAAGAGCCUGCCGGAGUCCAAGGAGCACAUCGUGCAGGGAGCCAUCUAUCUCAUCGACUUCAUGCUGCUGGUCAUCAUCCACCUCAUUCGCCAGGAGAACGAGAUGCCUCGACAGCUGGCCGAGAAACUCCAACCGCAGCUCCGCUGCAUGCAGCUUCAGCAGCUGGUGUCCAAUCUUCAGGAGCAGAACCAGCUGGCUCAGCAGCAGAUGAAGGCCAUGAAGCAGGAGAACCAGAUGCUCGAGGAACGCAACCAAGCCCUCGAGAUCCAGCUGAAGUCCUACGAGCACAUGUUCCGAUCGCCCAAGACGGAGCACUCUACACCCCAGCCGCUGGCACCGCUUCCCGACCACAAGCCUCGCCACAUGCUGCCCGGUCUGCGAGUCUUUUGCGAUGAGAUCGGUGCCCCCGGAACGGAGGCGCCGCGGUUGGAGCCCUUUCACACGGUGACUUCGCAGCCCUACAGUCACCAUUCCAUGGUCAGCCACACUCCUCCCAUGACGGGGCCUUCGUCGCCAGUCUAUGUGCCGACCUAUUCGGUGCCUCAUUCCCGUCGCCAGUCCGUGAUCCCUUCGCCUUGAAGGGUAGUCCUAGACUGAUGCGUCUGGUCGGGAUCAUCAUCCCGUCGUGAAUUUCCUUUGCAUAGCACAUAGACUGGGGAUCCUGUGGAUCUGGAGCCAAGGUUCUUUUACUUUUCCGUUGUUCUUUUUUUGGGAUUUCUAUUCAACCGUCCUUUCUGGCAUAGCGUGUGCGUUGUAUCAUCAAUUCUUGACAUAUUUUGGGGAGACAGGGGCAAGCCUCAUUGGUGUUUCUUCCCUGUCUCAUCGAGUCAUCGAGCAGUGGCAUUCCACCACCGGUUCGAUCUCUCUCGCUUCACUCGUUUCCACUGUAUUUUGGGCGAACCUGGAGAAGGCGUGGUGUGGUGUACAUUCAAAAACCAAAAAAGUCAGGUUGGGGCAUGUAUGGGUUGGUUAUCUUGUUUCCUUUUUUUCAUUUCCUUUUUGUGAAUUUUCCUUUUUCAUACAUAAUUUUCUUUUCGCUGUUGAUAUUGGGAAGCAGGGCCACUACUAUGGCUGGCCCUCUUCCUUAUCUGACCACUCUUCUGAGUGGCCAUCGAUAUAUAUAAACCGCCUGUCUAUUAACAAACACAUACAUACACGGCUGAUUUCGGUUUCUAUCUUGAUUUUGCGUGUCUGAUCUUAUUGCAAUUGCCUGUAC